AUGGAAGAGGCUAUUGACACUCAUUCGAUCACAACGUCUGAUAAGAACGGUGGCAGCAUGUCUAAUCUAAGUGACGUAUCUAAUAGCAAUAUAUCAGUCCCAACUUCUAGUGUGCAUUCAAGUCAUGUUCGGCCUAGAAUGGACAUUGCAGUGGUAAUCGAUUGUGAACAGAGUGCGUUUCUUAAUCAUCGAAAAGCCGCUCUAGAAGAAGUUCGGCAAGCUUGCUUUCAUGUUGGUGCGAAUUUGCAGCUGUUGCAAUUUGAAGUACUCGACUACGGAGAUCUGAACACAUUAGAAUAUUUCUACAAUGCAGAUGUCGUCGUCGUUGAUCUGAGUAUACAAACCCAACAGAGUACGCUCUGCUAUCAGCUCGGUGUACGAGAGAGCUUUGAGAUGAACGAGAACAUCGUCAUCUAUAAUGAUACCCAAAAUGAGGCAACAUUACGCAUGAAGAUAUCCUGCGGAAAUUAUCAGUUUAUUUCUUAUCGAUUACAUGAGAGUGGAAACGUAAUUAUCACUAGUCCUUUGAAAGCAAGAACAGGAGAAGAGCUUCCACCGCAGUUUCAUCAACAACAACAAUCACAACAACUGCAGCAGCAACAACAACAACAUCAUCAAUCUCAUCAGCAGCUACACUCUGCUACAUCGUUGGUAAUUGCGCUGCGUAAGCUUUUUCAAGACGUCGAAAUCGAAUCAAAAGCUCAUUUGCGAGAGAAAUUCUUAGCUGAUUUACGUAGCUUGCGUGAUCAACUCGCGGGGAAUGUGGAGGAGCUGCAACGAAUGUUGCGAAACAUGCGUAAAAGGCUAGACGAUCCACAUGUACUAUCGAAGGAAAUUGUACAGACGUACAUGUUGUCGCUACGUGAUGUACAGGACUAUGAUGCUAUGGUACAGCUGGUGGAUGAUCUGGAAACGAUACCCAACAAACAGAAUUAUAUUAAUACUGGUCCAAUGCACUAUUUGUAUGCAUUUGCCUUGAACCGACGAAAUCGUGAAGGUGAUAGAGAAAGAGCACUACACACAUGCACAAAGGCACUUGAUAAGAAAGAAAACCACUUUCCCGACAUGCUAUGUUUAUAUGGACGCAUAUACAAGGAUAUGUUUGUUGAGUCAAAUCAUACAGACCGCGAAAGCUUAAAAAACGCAAUCAUAUGGUACAGAAAGUCGUUCGAAGUGCAGCCAAAUGAAUUUGCUGGCAUCAACUUGGCAACAUUGCUAGUUAUUGAUGGUAAAGACUUCACAGACAGUGAGCUGCAGUAUAUCGGAAUGAAGCUAAACAAUUUGAUUGGUAAGAAAGGAUCGUUGGCACAAAUUAAAGAUUAUUGGAACGUGGCAACUUUUUUUGAAAUAUCGGUGUUGGCAGAAAACUACGCAAAAGCGAUUCAGGCAGCUGAGUGUAUGUUCAAACUACGGCCACCAAAAUGGUAUUUAAAAUCGACGAUCGGCAACAUCACUCUUAUCGAUCGCGCUCGUAAGCCGCGUUCUGAAGAGCCGUCAACUUCUGGUAUUAGUAUUGAACAGCAUAUAUUUCAGUUUUGGAUGGAAUUUUUUCUUGAAGCAACUGCAUCGGAACCGUCCAGCAUGGUGCGUUUUCCGAUACUGAUUCUUGAACCGCAAAAAAUCUACAUGCCUAGUUACGUGUCCAUACACAUGGACGCGGAGCAAAAAUCAAUUGAUAUCACCAACAUAUGUCAGCAGCAUGCAAAAGAAGGAGGUGGUAACUGCCUUAAGCUUCAUGAUUUUAACUUUCUUGCAAGCCAAAUUAAAUCAGUUAGCUUAUAUAAACGGGACGAACGCUGUGCCUACUUGUACGUGCAUCAAAAUUCGGAUGACUUUCAGAUGUUUUUUCCGUCCGUUCAGUGCCGUCAAACGUUUUACGAUCUUAUUCUGCAAAUGACGGCCGAACAAGGUUCCGGUUUUAUUGAUCUUUCAUCUGCAGAGAUAACCGCCGAUGAACUAGCUUAUCAAUAUGAAACGGACGAUCAAGGUCGACGGAUUAUCCUCGGCAAAGGUACAUAUGGAAAAGUGUAUGCUGCUCGUGAUCUCACUACUCAGGUGAAGAUUGCCGUUAAGGAAGUUCCGGAGCGCAAUACGCAUGAUGUACAACCUUUACAUGAGGAAAUAAAACUUCACUCGCAGCUACGCCAUCGUAAUAUUGUACAGUAUUGGGGAUCGAAAUCUGAAGAUAACUUUUUCAAAAUUUUUAUGGAACAAGUACCUGGUGGGUCGUUAUCAGCUUUGUUAAGGUCCAAGUGGGGCCCAUUGAAGGAUAAUGAAACGACUAUAGCGUUCUAUUCACGUCAAAUUUUGGAAGGCCUAAAGUACUUGCACGACCAAAAAAUUGUACAUCGUGAUAUUAAGGGUGACAAUGUGCUGGUAAACACAUACAGUGGCGUUGUAAAGAUAUCUGAUUUUGGUACCUCGAAACGGCUGGCAGGCAUCAACCCAGCAACGGAAACAUUUACUGGUACGCUGCAAUACAUGGCACCGGAAGUGAUUGAUCAAGGUGUGCGUGGUUAUGGUCCGGCUGCCGACAUUUGGUCAUUUGGUUGUACUGUGGUCGAGAUGGCAACCGGUAAGCCUCCAUUUAUUGAACUCGGAUGCCCACAGGCAGCUAUGUUUAAGGUUGGAUUUUACAAAACCCAUCCCAACAUCCCGGAAGAAUUGUCGAUGGUGGCGAAAAACUUUAUAUUGAGAUGUUUUGAGGUGAAUGUGGAUAGGCGUGCAACCGCUUCCGAACUAUUAGAUGAUCCAUUUCUUUGCGAAAAGCACAAAAAAAUGCGUCCUUCAUUUAGUAGCAGUAGUACAAUUAGCGGAUUGCCUAUAGCUAUGGCGGUCACGGCUGCGACUUCAGUGUGCGAAUUUUCACGUAGUGUUAGUAUGCCUGCAGAUCGACAUGUUGGUUCUAAAACACUCACUUCACAACAAAGCUCAGCCAGUUGCAACACACCAACUCUCAGUUCCGAAACCGAUACCACAUCGAUCCCACCGUCCCUGACUGAUUCCACGUCCGUCAUCCACACGGCUACUCGUUCUGUAACGAUUCGCAAAAGCAAGCUCCCUUUUCAACUGACGCCGAUCAAGAUGCCAAAGUACGGCCUUAGCAGCAUUGGAAACCUUGCUGAAACACCGUCACUUGAAAAUGAUCAUCUCCAACAACCAUCAUCGUCAUUUGAGCUGAAUCGACGUAGCUCGUCGGGAGGUUUACUUUCACCUGAGGUGGAAACGAUAACUUGCUCCAAUACAGGUAAAUCGGCAUUGGCUGGUGACGCCAGCGAAAGUGAUGGAUAUUACCUUGCUAAGAAAGAUCAUCAGCGUCGGACAACAUUGCAAAAAGUGCUUUAUCACGAUGUAACAAAAAUCUGCCAAGUGUGGUUGGAAAAAAUUGAAUCCGUGCGUGAGGAAAAGGUGAUGAUAACCAGAGCCCAUCUAGAAACGUUACUAAAUGCGUUGCGCGACUACAUAGAUAAGCCCCGCAAGGAAGCUCUGGAGCAAGCUAUGGUACAGCUUAAGGAGCAACUCGAUGUUGUGGAUUCUACCGCAAUUGAUCAUCUGCAUCUCGCCCUCUACUUUUUCCAAGAUGCGGUAAUUGCCGUACUUCGCUCUCACAAUAUCAAACCACAUUGGAUGUUUGCAUUAGAUAAUUUAGUGAAAAGCGCGGUACAAGCGGGUAUAAUGAUUUUGUCACCUGAGUUAACUGCAAACAUGGUUCCUGAACCCGUACCCAACGAAGGCGACGAUGAUGGCAUUGAUGACGGCGCAGAUGACGACGGCAACGAUGACAAUGAUGAUGAUGACGAUGACUACGACGAUGACGACGGCGGCGGGGAAGUCGAUGAAGAUACAAGAUUUAUACAAGAUAAAGUUAGCCCGAAUUUGUAUGAGCCAUCAGAACACGAUGAGCACCGUGAUUGUGCCGAUGGCAUCAGUGGUGGUGGUUGUGCAAGAAACACAAUGAUAGGUGCCUACUAUAAGCACAUAGAAGAAGUGACUGAGGAAAAAGAGGGUAUAUUGCUUGAGACGGCAGCAGAGGAUGUGAUUAUUGCAACAUCUGAUCGAGAAAAAAUCAAGUAUGAGAAUAGCAGUGCAGAUAAGUCCCGAACCAAGAUUGGUUAUGAUUUCAGUAAGACGUCUGCUGCUAAUUCGAGGACUACCGAAUUGACAUGCAAAAAACUUCGCUGGAAAACGUUACAAGAACAUGUUACCGCACUCAGGGCGGAAAAUGAAAGACUGAAGCAAUAUAUAAUAGAAUCUCAACACUCGUAUCAGAAUGCCUUCAAGGCGGUUCUAGAGAGCGGUGUAUUUACACGUUGUCUUACUGACCAACUUGUUGCUCUAAUGGAGCGAUGUCUACACGACCAUGUCGGAAACAUGCCAGAUCAGAGUGUCAGUGGCGAUUGUGACGAUAAUACACAACGUCGUUCAAGUUCUAAUUUUCGAAUGCCGUCAUCAACUACGACUUCAUUUAACGCUCAGCAAAUUCAUUACAAAUGCCAAGACGUUCCUCGUCCGGUAGACUCGCAGUUCGUAGCGCAAAGUGACAAAAAUGUUGGUAUAGGUGAUGGUCGGUUAGCUGGUUGGCUCCAGGCGCAAGGCAUCUCGCGAAUUGAAAGUAGGCAGCGAAUAUUGUGCGAAGGCUUUCGCUAUGAUGACUUUCUAUAUGAUUUGGAACGAAGUGACUUGCGCCGAUUGGGACUUUUGAUAGGUGAGGAGAUUAGAAUUUGGAACGCGUUAAAAAAGCACCGUAUGCUGCACCCACCGAAAAGGUCACAUUCAAAUGACGAGAGUGAUGGGCAUUGGCAAAUGAGAUGAUGGGCAUUGGCAUCACUCUAACUGACGAUGCUGACUCGAACUGACGAGGGUACAAAAGAUAAAGGAUGCGUCAAAGGAGUUAAAGUUAGAGACGCUACUUACGCGAGUGUUGGUAGGAUAAAUGGGCUUCAUGAGAAUUGAAGUAGUUAUUUUUGUAUUGUGAUUUAUUUUUCUAGGCAUGUGUGUGUUCUGUGUUUCAAUUCAUGUUUUUCGAAUGAAAUUCGGAAGAAAAUCAAAGCAUUAAUACACAAAGUGUCCUUGUAAAAGAGUUAAACAAUCGUUUUGCAACAAUGACAGUGUAGGCACCCAUACUGAUUAGUGUUGAUUGGUUGACUGUUGUGAUCGGUUGUUCCAAACUGCUAUAUAAGCAAAAUAUGCUCGAUUGCUCAUCACAUGCAGAUUGAUGACCGUAGAAUAUAUUAUGAAAUUUGUGUGUUUUUUAGUUCUAAGUUUUGUUUGUUUUUACUAAUUCUUUGCUGUCUACCAAGAUUUGAACAAUAAAAAGGCAAUUCAGUAAUAACAAUAUCAAAAUGCCUUUUUAAUAAAAGUACAAUGCCCAAAUACGUUGUAUAACGGCAUUUUCAAUAAAUAGGUUUUAUACUGAAAGUAGAUCUACUGCAACGUAGCACAAAUCGCAAAGGACUUUAAACUUUGUCUUUUAA